AUGUGCAUUAUCCUUGAAUAUUUGCCCUAUGGCGAUCUCCUUGGCUACUUAAGGCGAUCACGUGGUCACGAAGAUACCUACUGCUCGGGAGAUCUUCGUCCAGAGACAAAGUUGACAUCACGUGAUUUAUUGAAGUUCGCCUGGAUGAUAGCUGAUGGAAUGAGUUUCUUAGCAGAAAAUAAGUGUGUUCAUCGUGAUCUUGCUGCUCGUAAUGUUCUUGUUGGUGAAAAUAAAAUCUGCAAGAUAUCAGAUCUUGGACUUGCAAGGAGAAUCAGAGAGGACGUCUACACCAGAACAAAAGCAGCUCGAUUACCAGUAAAGUGGAUGCCACCAGAGUCGCUUUUCCAUGGGGAGUCGUCCAUUGCUAGCGAUGUGUGGUCUUAUGGAGUUGUUUUAUGGGAAAUAUUUACUCUAGGUAGUUCUCCUUAUCCUAAAUACAACGGGAAAGACAUACCAAGACUGCUGCAACAAGGCUACAGAAUGCCAAAGCCACUCCACCUAUCGGAGACUCU